UUGUACUCUGCAAAAUAUUUGCCAGUUAUCCAGUACUAUGGAGUGGUAAGGUAUAGUGUCCUAUACAGUGAUCAGGGAAUACACCUGUACUGUAGAGGGUACCUGAGUUCACUGAAUAGAAAGUGCUGAGUCAGGGUCACUGAGGCGUAACCAAAUCAUGCAACACAGGUAAGUGCUACCUGUGUGUGCGGCCAUUUCAACCCCAGACCUGGACCUGGAAGGUUCACGGAUGUCAGAGGCUGUGUGCCAGGGGAGAAAUGCCUAAGCUGUGUGCUUGGUAAUGAAAUGUUACCAGGGCUGUGUGCCCAAAGUUAUUAUCCAAGUUAGAGAUAGUUGAAGCCACUACAUGUAAGCUGUGUGCUAGUUUGGGCAAAACUUUGCUACUUGGAGAAGCUGUGUGCUAUGUCCACCUCAAUGGAGUGUGGGAGUCCUGGAAUGAAACAGGAGAGUGAGCUGUGUGCUCAGAAAUGCUAAAGAGAGACGCCAACAGUGACCUUGGGACAGGGAGCCAUUAGCCAUAGAAAGGUCUAUGUGCCAGACCAUAGUGGGAGCAGCAGAAUCCCUGGUCUAUUUAUGUGAAACCAGAAAGGAGAUAUUUGUGCUGGACUAGUACAGUGCCUACGGAGGGUAUACAUAUAUAUACCGAUUAUGAAAUAGUUAAACAACAUCGGAGUGAAGAGAACUUUGGGAACCAACCACAGUGAUGAACUAUAUAUAUUUGGGGUCUGGAGAGACAAUGGGUUUCAGAGACGGGUUUUGUUUUGUGUUGCACAUUAUUAAUUAAUUGUAGAGAAUGAGUGGGAGUGUGUAAGGGUGUUUUGUAUGGUGUAAAUAUUGUUUUCCUAUGAUUUUGUAAAUAUGUUCAAGUGAAUACAUAUGUUAAUGUAAUUUAUGUUGUUGUCUCAUCUGUUUGCAAAUAAUUAGGCUAAGCCUAUACCCACAAUUCUUGACAUCUGGUGGCAGCGGUGGGAUAGGCCUUGUAAUUAAAUCUAUUGCAAAAUUCAAAAAGCUGUAAUUACUGCAGACAGGUAUUUCAACAUUAAGGCUAAAUUAUACAUACACAUCAUUAUGGAUGUUAUAGAAUUGGCAAAGUUGGUUGAGAUAGGAAAGAGUUUAGGAUUAGCAGGUGAAGAUUUGCAGGUAUAUGUAGAUAAGAAAGAGAAAGAAAAGCUUGAGAGAGAUGAACGAGCUGAGGCCAGAGAUAUGAAGUAUAAGAUGGAUGGGUUACAGAUGGAGUUAGAGAUUGAAAGAUUGCGAAGGGAGGAGGGUUUAAGGAACCCAGUUGAGCAGGUAGGGAGCUCAAAGGCUAGAAUUCCAAAGUUACCUCCCUUUGACGACACAAAAGAUAACAUUGAUGCAUAUUUACAACGGUUCGAGAGAUUUGCGGGAGCAGUUAAGUGGGACAGACAGGAUUGGGCCAUACAUCUUAGUGCACUUCUUAAAGGUAAGGCGUUAGAGGUAUACUCUCGGUUAUCAGGUGAGGAAGCUGGGUUGUAUGAAAACCUUAAGAAUGCUCUACUUAAGAGAUUUCAGAUGUCGGAGGAAGGGUUUCGGCAAAAAUUUCGUACCUGUAAGCCUGAGGUAGGUGAAACAUCUGCUCAAUUUGUAGUCAGAAUAGGUAACUAUUUGGACAGAUGGAUAGACAUGUCCAAUACUGACCAUACGUUUGAAACUCUGAGAGAUUUACUGUUACAGGAGCAAUUUGUAAAUGCUAGUCAUAAAAAUUUAGCUCUAUUUCUGAAGGAAAGGAAUCCAAAGGAUUCUACAGAGAUGGCAAAACUGGCGGACAAAUAUCUAGAAGCGCAUAAUGGAGUGGACUUAGCAUCAUUUGGUAAGCCCAAAGGAAGUAAAGCUCCAUAUCGAGAAGGAAAUCAUAAUGCAGUUCCAAGCUUCAGUGAUUCUGAAAAGGAAGCAUUCAAAAAAGAGCGAAGGUGCUAUUCAUGUGGAGGUAAGGGUCACAUAGCUAGGGAAUGUAAAUCCAAACGUGCACAGACCACAGCUGCUAUGAUAGAGCAGGCUAGUGAAAACCAAUCUGGGUGUAGUUGUUCUCAUACAAAAGAUUCAGAGGAAAGAAAGCAAGGUAAGCAGAAAGGGGGAAAACACUAUCAGAAAUCAAGGGAGACGGCUGCUGCUUGUUCAGUACCAUUACCUAGUGACUUAUUUGAGUGUUGUACCCAGGAGUCUGAAGUAGUCCUAAAGUGUGGUCAUCAUUUACCCAUCGUUAGCGCUGCCUGUGGCAACUCUAGAGUGAAGUUAAAUGUUAAUAACGGGUUACCUGUAACUAUUGGAUAUAUUGGAGAAGUGGAAGUGUCAGUUCUUAGAGAUACGGGAUGUAGUGGCAUUGUGGUGAAACGAAAUUUGGUAAGUGAACAACAGUUAACAUCAAAGGUCGUGACCUGUGUACUUAUAGAUGGAACGGUGAGAAAAGUGCCAAUGGCAAAGAUCGUGGUAGACACACCAUAUUUUAAAGGGGAAACUGAUGCGCUGUGUUUUGAAAACCCAAUAUAUGAUCUAAUAAUAGGAAAUAUUCCUGGGGUGAGAGAACCUGAGCACCAGAUGGAGACCCCCAACACAGAAGCAAAUAAGUGGGAGGAGAGGAAAACGGAGGUCAAGCAGGAUAGUACAAUAUUAGUGCAAGCUGUGGAAACUAGAGCUCAAAUAAAGAAGGUAGGGAUAAAACCAACAGCACUCAAAGUACCUUGUGUUAGUGGAACAGACAUUGGGAAAGAGGAAUUUAAGAAAAUUCAAAACGAGGACGAUUCCUUACAGCACCUGAAGGAUUUUGCUAGAAAAGGGGGUAAGAGGAAAAUAGGGAAAUACAAUUAUGCUUGGUUUGUUGUAGAGAGGGAUCUCUUAAAACGGAAAUUCCAGUCCGAGAAAACAGAUCAUGGUAAGAUUAUAACCCAGUUAGUGGUGCCUAAGAAACUUAGACAAUCAGUGAUGGAAAUUGGUCAUAGAUCCACAUUGGCAGGUCACUUAGGAGCUAAAAAGACAACAGAAAAGAUCUUAACACAGUUUUAUUGGCCAGGAUUUCACCAGGAUGUGAAACUAUUCUGCAGAUCCUGCGACGUAUGCCAGAAGACAUUUCCGAAGGGUAGGGUGACUAGAGUACCUAUGACAGCUAUGCCGUUGAUUGACGAACCAUUUCGUAGAGUGGCGGUGGAUAUUGUGGGCCCUAUUCAUCCAAUGACAGAACGGAAACAUAGAUUCAUUCUUACACUGGUGGAUUUUGCGACCCGAUAUCCGGAAGCUGUACCAUUGCAGACUAUUGAUACCGAACAGGUGGCUGAAGCUUUAGUUCAGAUAUUUUCUCGAGUUGGUGUUCCUCAUGAGAUACUAUCAGAUCAGGGAUCUCAAUUUACCUCUGGUGUGAUGAAGGAAGUUGGAAGACUUUUGUCCAUGAAGCAAAUAACAACUACUCCUUACCACCCUCAGUGUAAUGGACUUGUGGAGCGCUUCAACGGUACCUUGAAGUCUAUGUUGAAGAAAAUCUGUGUAGAGAAACCAAAUGAUUGGGACAGAUACCUGGGAGCAGUUCUUUUCGCGUACAGGGAAGCCCCUCAGGAUAGUAUGGGUUUCUCUCCCUUUGAACUAUUAUAUGGACGGACAGUCAGAGGUCCAAUGUCUAUACUGCGUGAACUGUGGACAAAGGAGGUAGAACCACCAGAAGUACAGACAACAUAUCAAUAUGUGCUAAAUCUACGGAACAUUCUAGAGGAAACCUGUGACAUAGCCCAGAAAGAACUGAGAAAAUCUCAAGUACGACACAAACACCACUUUGACAGAAAAGCAAGGGACAGAGGAUUUAAAGAAAGAGAUCAAGUACUGAUUCUGUUACCUACAGACAACAAUAAGUUGUUGAUGCAGUGGAAGGGUCCUUUUGAGGUCAAGGAGGCUAUUGGACAGAACAACUAUCGUAUACAGAUAAAAGGUAAGGUGAAGGUCUACCAUGCCAACAUGCUGAAAAAAUACUUAACAGAUGUCGGGGAGGUAAGAAAACCAGUUGGUUGUAUGGAGAUAGUCGGAGCAGCUGUCAUUUCAGAAGACGAGGAUGAGGAUGUCGCCUUGACAAAUGAAUCCGAGAUACCAUUACCAGGAUUACAAGCAAAAGAGAGUAUCAGUGAUGUUAAGGUUGCCCAAGACCUAGAUGACAAACAACAGAGUGAGGUAAGAUAUAUUCUUCAGGAACACUCAAAGGUGUUAACAGACCUACCAGGAAACUGUAAGAUAGGGGAACAUGUUAUCAAGUUGACAACCGAUGAGCCAAUCAGAUCCAAGCCGUAUCCAGUUCCGCAUGCGAUGAGGGAGACGGUAAGUAAAGAAGUCAAAACAAUGUUGGAGAUGGGAGUCAUUGAGCCGUCGACGUCGCCCUAUGCAUCGUCCGUCGUGUUGGUCAAGAAACCUGACAAUACUAAUAGGUUUUGUAUAGAUUACAGACGCCUUAAUACAGUAACUGUUUUUGAUGCAGAGCCUAUGCCUGACCCAGAGGAAAUUUUCUCAAAAAUCUCCAUGAGCAAGUUCUUUACGAAAAUUGAUCUUAGCAAGGGUUAUUGGCAGAUCAAGGUGAAACCAGAAUGCAAGAAAUACACAGCUUUUCUUACACCAGAUGGCUUGUAUCAAUUCUCCGUUAUGCCCUUUGGGUUGGUAAAUGCCCCAGCAACAUUCAAUCGUAUGAUGAGAAUUCUUCUACGAGGUAUGAAAGACAUUGACAGUUUUUUAGAUGAUAUCUUAAUUCAUACAGAAACCUGGGAAGAACAUCUGGACAGAUUAAGGGAGCUAUUUGAGCGAUUGUCUAGAGCGGGACUGACAGCUAGACCAUCUAAGUGUAUGGUUGGAUUCCACAACUUGGAUUUUCUAGGACAUUGUGUGGGAAAUGGUGAGCUACGUCCAAAUCCAGAUAAGGUUAAGGCAGUGCAGGAGGCGCCAAUACCAAAUACCAAGAAACAGGUGAGGUCAUUUUUGGGGCUAGUCGGUUAUUAUCGCCGGUUUGUUCCCAACUUUUCGACUAUAGCUUUACCACUUACAGAUUUGACAAGGAAGGGACAGCCCAACCAAGUAGUAUGGAAAAGUGAGCACGAGAAGGCCUUCCAAUCAUUGAAGUCUGUGUUGAUAAAAGCACCUGUGUUACACCUGCCUGACUGUCAGAAGAUCUUUAUACUGAGAACAGAUGCGUCAAAUGUAGGGCUUGGAGCAGUCCUAAUACAGGAAUGGGAAACAGAAAGUUAUCCAGUUGCUUAUGCAAGCAAAAAGUUGCUGCCAAGACAACAGGCAUAUUCUGUGAUAGAGCGGGAAUGCUUAGCCAUUGUGUGGGCUGUUCAAAAGUUUCACCCAUAUCUGUACGGACGUACAUUUGUGUUGCAGACAGACCACCAGCCACUGGUGUUUAUGAACAAAGCAAAACUACUGAAUUCAAGGAUCAUGCGUUGGACCUUGUUAUUACAGGACUACCAAUUCAGGAUUGAGGCUAUCUACGGUAGAGAUAAUGUAGGUGCAGACUACCUAAGUCGACUGCCAGAGGUAGGUCAGUAA